UUUCAGUUAUCAGUAAUCACUUAAGGUACAAAGCUUUCAUCUUCAUUUUUUUCUAUCAGUAUGCGAUUACAUUUAAGGGUGAAGCAAGCAUGGAACUAUCGUCAGCUCUUCUGUUUACUUUUGUUAUAGGGUUAUUUAUAGCAAGAAUUUCUGAUUGUACAAGGUGGUGUAAAUGGCUUAUACUUUAUAUGUAUGUUAGAAUUUACAAACGUAACGCCAAGAAAAGAAUAGAUUUGUAUGAUUAUACAGUCAAAAAUGAUCCAGUUAAAGUAAACUUCACGAUUCCAGAAGAGGAGCAUGAACUAGAAUCUCCCCAAAAAGAAUCUCAUCUACGAAAUAGAGAUGAUGAAAUUUUAUUCUACGGUGGUAAUUCAAAGUCAGAGAUUCUAGUUGCAAAAAUAAAUAGAAAAUGCAACAAUAAAGCUGAAGCCUUCAUUUUUCUGAAAUUGGAAACUGGUAAAAUCUAUAAAUUGGAGAAAACAUUCGAUUUUCAGCAAGCUUGUGUGGAUGAAGUGACAUUUUCUUGUGGAGGACUUCAGCUACAGUGCGAAUCACCGAUGAGGAGAUGGCGAUUGUUUUUUGCUGGCUACUUAAGAGAAACCUCCGACGAGAAUAUCUCAGAUAAAAGAAUGAUUUAUGUGAAAUUCGCUCUUCUGUGGAAAGCAGCAUCGGAUGUCUAUGAUUUCAAAUACGACAUAAGUCUCCAAACAUUUGUACGUGGCUUGACGGAAGUUCCCUUAAAAACAUUACAUUCUCAAUAUAAUAACCUUCAGGAAGCUCUAGAUUUUUAUGGACAAGCUGGUACAAUACACGGGGAAGUGACAGUAGAAAAUGAAUUUGAAAACAGAGAAAUUUAUUUGUUUGGUCAACGAAUUAGGUAUCUAGGCAACCCAACUCAACUAAAACCAAACGAAUUUCAUCACAUUCUAGGAUACACUAAAAAAUCUGGAAAAUACCUUCAUCUCAGCCAAAUUAAAGCGUUAUCGAAUAGAUUUUCGUUUGGAUUUCUAGUGGAGUCAAAUUGCGAUUUAUAUGAUGCUGAUCACACAUCCGUUUCGGUUUUUGAGUCGAAAGAAAGAGGAAUUGGAAGUGCCAGUGCAAAUUUUAAUAUAGGUGUAGUUCCUUUCAAUUUCGAAGGGUGCACUUUUGGCUUUGAAUUCUUAAAGGAAAGUGGUCCUGGGAAUGAUUUUAAAAGAAUCGAAUUCAACUUAAAUGGCGAAACAGGUUACGGAAUAUUGUUUAAAAGACCCCACGCAACAUUAAGAAGUGCAGAAGUUUCGGAAAUAAAAAAGAUUAAAGUUCCAUCAGUGUUACCUGAUGUUGUUACCUUCAAGGAAGAAAUUUGUCAGUUGGCAGAUGUGAGUGGUGGAAAAGGUUCUUCUCUUGGAAAACUUAGUCAUUUGAGCGAAGAGCUUAAAACGUAUUCCGUUCCGGAUGGUGUGGUGGUCACUACUAAAGCUUACGCCAGCUUCCUCACUCAGGAUAUUUUGAAAGAAAUUGAAUGUCUUGAAAAGCACUCAUACAAAAAAGACAGGAAUUUGGAAGAAAUCACUGCAGCUUGUAACAGAGUUUCUGAAACUAUUAAAACUACUGAUUUUUCUGCACAACUUCGUGGAUCUAUAGUAGAGAAGUUGAAUGGUUACUUUGGAAAUAAAGUGAAUUCCUUAAAAUUUGCUAUAAGAUCAUCAGCUACAGGUGAGGAUACUGAACAAAUGUCUGCAGCAGGGCAAAUGGAAACAUUUUUAGGUGUUUCAGGCAUUGACGAGAUUCUGCUGGCUGUGAAAAAAUGCUGGGCAUCUCAAUUCAGCUUCAUAGCGACCGAAUAUAAAAGACGGUAUGGCCAGUGUUUCAAUUCACCUAUGGCUGUCGUCAUUCAAGAAAUGGUACCAUGUGACGUUGCUGGAGUAUUAUUUACAUGUGAUCCAUUGACAGGAAAUCCCACUCUGAUGAGCAUUACAGCAAAUUAUGGUCUCGGGGAGUCAGUCGUUUCAGGUACAGAAGAGCCAGAUUUGAUACAAUUAAAAAGAGAUGAGCAUGAUAAGCUUCAGAUAAAAUCUGUAACUCUUGGAGAGAAAAACAGAAAAAUAGUAAUGGCUGAUUGAGUCACAUUAUCGUUCCCACCGUGACGUGGAAUGGGGGAUUCUGAAUGAUAAGUUAUACAUUUUCCAGUCUAGGCCAGUGACUAGCAGUACCAAGAAAAGUAUCCAUGAGAUUGAACAUGAAUUUGAUUCUCCAAUGAGAGUAGAAAAUGAUUUCUUUUCUGUUUCAAAUCUUGCAGAGGUUAUGCCAAAAGCCUUGUCACCUUUAGGACUAGAUGCAUCGUUUAAAAGUUUUUACAUCGCAACUAAAGCUAAAAAAGACGAAACUGUUUUUUCUGUUAAAGGAAAAAACCAAUAUUUUCCGAAAGUCUGGUUCUUUUUUUACAAUCACUUCGUCUUCAAUUUUGCUGAGCUAUUUCCGAUGCGGCCAGAUGAAAAACUGGAUGUAACGAAAAAGGCUACGAUCAUAUCUAUGUUUGGUAGAAUACCUGACAAUGAGGAAAUGUUUGAAGUAGCCAAAGCUCGUUCUGAUUCUCAACCAAAAAAGAGCUCUCUCUUCAUGAUGUAUACCAUGUUGAAGGCUCUGAUAUUUUGUGGCAAAACAUUAGAGAAAACCAAAAAAUCAAGUUAUGGAUACAGAAUACCAGUAGAGAAAUACCGCAACUCAUAUGAUCUUUUCCGAGCUUUAUGCAGGGCCUGCACAGAUCUAACUGAUGUUUCAAUAUGUCAUGUGAUUUGCAGCCAGACAUCGUCACUGCUGAAUAUGAUAGUUUUUUCUUCUCUAGGAGCAGCUAGAGGAAAAUUCGAUGACAUUGUAUAUAAAGAUUUUGCAAAACUUUUGAAAACAAAUAGCGAAGUUGAGAGUGCUGACAUUCCAUCUGCCACGCAAAGAAUUGCUUAUCUCAUAGCACAGGAAAUUGACCCCGAAGAGUUUAAAAAUAUGUCAAAAAAGGAAGCAUUGAAAUGGUUACAAACUUCUCAGGGUAAGGCAGGACAGGAAUUCAGAAAUUUUAUGGAAAGACAUGGCCAUAGAUCAGUGCAAGAGUUUGAUUUAUAUUCGAUUCCAUGGAGAGAAACACCUGAACAGUUAGUGAAUUCCCUCCAGGCUCUGACUGGAUUCGUUUCGAAAGAGUCAUUAGAAAAGAAAUCUCAGACUUUCAAUGAUGCUCUGUCAGAAAUAACAAUACGACCAGGAUUUUUCUCUAAAAUGAUCUUGAAAUAUAUCUUACCCUUCACUAGAAAAGGUGUUCAAAAUCGAGAAAUGUCAAAGUCAAUGGUGGUAAAAGGAAUGGAUGAAUGGCGUAAAGGGUGGAGACAUUUAUCCCAACUUAUGGUCCUAGAAGGGAGAAUUCCUGAAGAAGAUCUACUUUUCUUUAUGACAGUUGAUGAAAUCAAGCACUUACUUAGAACAAGAUCGCCUAAAAUUAUUGCCAAAGCAACACAGAGGAUGAAAAGAUAUCCAGUAAUGAAUGAUUACAGAUUUCCUGAAAUAAUGAAAGGAUUUCCAAAGCCGAUGGACUUAACAGUUGCAGAAAACAUUUCAAGUGUAGAAGACUUUUCAAUGCAAGGUAUACCCGUAAGUCAAGGUAUCGCAAAAGGGUAUGUUCGUAAAGCAAUAACCAUUGAAGACGCAGCGGACAUAAAACCUGGUGAAAUAUUAGUUACUCUUGGGACAGACAUUGCCUGGUCACCAUAUUUUCCCUAUCUAGCUGGAGUUGUCACUGAAUUAGGAGGUCUCAUAUCACAUGGUGCUGUUGUUAGUCGAGAGUAUGGAAUUCCUUGUAUAGCUGGACUUCAUGGAGCAACAAAAUAUUUUCAGACAGGUGAUUAUGUACUUCUGGAUGGAAAUCGAGGUAUAUUACAGAAAAUGGAACCGAAAAAGAAUUCUGAGCUUGAAAAGGAAUUUAUAUAAUAAUAUUUUAAGAAUGAAGAAGUGAUAAACCAUUAUUAAGGAGGUGAUAAACUAUUUUUAUGCUCAAUUUUUUAAAUGUAUAAAAGACUUUUGUAAGAGUGUCAAUAUACAUUUUAUGUUCUAUGCACAAAUAUUUUAAUU